AUGAAGAGGAUUCGUUCGGAAUUUGGAGAUUUGGACCCCGGGCCGUCGAAGGACAAGAAAAGAAGAAAAGAACAUGAAGAGGAUGGAGAAGAGAAGUUAAAGAAGAAGAGAGAGAGGAGUUCUGAGGAGCAGCAGCCUGAUGAGUGCUGUAGGAAGGAAAAAUGGAGAAGGAAGGAGAGUAAUGAAGGAGGAGCCGGACCAGUGAGCGUGCAAGCUCCAUCUCCGAGGCUGAACCCACUGAGUGUGACCAGCUACAAUUUCUAUUCUGAGCUGGGAGAAGGAAGUUUUGGCAAGGUUAUGUUGGCUACUCUGCGAGAUAGGAAGCCAUAUGUGGCUGUUAAAUUCCUGAGAAAAACUGGUGGGACCAAUUACAGCAAGGUUCUCACUGAGGCACAAGUGCUGAAGAUCUCGAGAGAGUGCCAAUUUCUUUGCCAAGGCUAUGCCGCUUUUCAAACUAAGUGGCACGCCUUCUAUGUAAUGGAGUUCCUCAGUGGGGGCAGCCUUCAUGAUGAGCUGAAACAACACCACAGGUUGAACAUCAAAAGAAUUCAGUUCCAUUCAGCUGAGAUGAUCUGCGGCCUGCAAUUUCUACAUGGCAAGGGGAUCAUCCAUCGAGACCUGAAACCCGGGAAUGUUCUCUUCGACCACAAAGGGCACAUCAGAAUCUCGGACUUUGGCCUGGCCAAACAGAACAUCUUCCCAGGAGACGCCACCACUGGCUGGGUCGGGACCCUUAACUACAUGGCCCCUGAGAUUCUAGGUCAACAAGACUAUAAUGCAGCAGUAGACUGGUGGUCAUUUGGUAUCAUCAUCUACAAAAUGGCCACCGGCAUGUUGCCCUUUGACGACAGCAGCAGGGAGGAGGUCAUUAGAUCCAUCAAGUCAAAUAAGCCUGAGAUAUUUAGUUGGCUGCAUGACGAUCUGAGACAUCUUCUGCUCCUAAAAAAGAAGCCUAAACGACGCCUUGGACUGAAAGGAAACAUCAGGUGCCACCCGUUCUAUCAAUCCAUUGAUUGGGUGGUGCUGGAAGAGAAAGGAGCAGAACCCCCUUUCCAGCCAAGAGCACUAGAGACCAUAAAAGCGAACAGUAUGGGCAAGGACAAUAAGAAGAAACAUCCUACGUCUUCCCAACAGAGCUCAACACAUGGGAAACCCAUGAGACCAGAUGACGCAGGGCCUAACAAGCCUGGUAAGAUGGCAGAUCCCUUGAUAUGCAGUCCGAGCCCCUUGGAUUCCAUCAAUUUAUUCCCAUCAUUUACUCAACAACAAGACCUUCAUGAACUUCUGAUGGAAUCGGAUCUCCAGGACAUGGAAAAAUCCAUCAAAGCUGCCCAAAGAGUCGUACUGAAGGAGAUAAAAGACACAAGCUAA